AACAUAGCGCACACCCGCAUAGUGUAACAAGCAAUGCGGCGGAUGAAGCCGCUAAGCUUUUGCGGACGCGUACGUUAUAGUAAGUUGCUUCCGACACAUACCUAAGGACUACAAGAGCCUCAGUCGUGAAGCCUUCCUUCGCGAAAACUCUAUCAGUUUUGUAACCAUAUUUUAAUCCCGUUUUCACUUUUGUAUCAUACACCUACUUUCUACCUCCGCCGGUCGACCUUUUUUCUUCUUCUAGACAUCAUGUACUUCUCUUCUUCUGUUCUCAUAGCUGUCUUGGUCCGUUUCGCGCUGGCGCAAACUCCCAAAGAUUUUGAGCCCGCAGUAACGAGCAAGUUGGAUGUUAUGUUCAAUACCACCAUGGUGAUGAAAGCAGGAAUGCAGCUGUCCAAAGCAGAAACCGCUUCGCAGCCUCAAAUCGCGGCAUCCAGCUCUAUGGUAGACGCGAGCAAAUCAUACGUCUUUGUUAUGCUUGACCUCGACGUACCGCCAGCGCAAGGGAGCACAACCAGACGGACCCUCCUCCACGCCAUGGAGACUGGCUUCAAAGCCACCUCCCAAAAGAUCGCGGGAAACUCCGUUCUCCUUGCCUCGACUGAACAAGGUCCUGCAGCAUACGUUCCUCCCAGCCCACCAGCUACGGAUACAAUUCCCCACCGCUACGUACAGAUGCUCUUUGAGCAGCCUGAAAGCCUAGCAGUCAAGGCUUCGGAUUUCGCAAACACGCAGGCUAGGAUUGGAUUCGACAUCAUGUCGUUCUCGAAAGAGAACAAACUUGGCAACCCGAUGGCUGCAAACUUCUUUACUGUUGAUGGGAAAGCCAGCGCUGCUGGGGGUAGCGGUGGUGCUCGCGGUACUGCUGGUUCACGUGGCACUGCUGCGGCAAGCGGAGCUACCCCUAGUCGCACGGCAGCACCUUUCACUGGUGCUGCAGGUAACAUGGAUGUUUCUUAUGGGUUGGCUAGUCUUCUUGGCAGUCUUGCACUCAUUGUAUAGGAACAGGUGGUAGACUCGUGUGUGGUGGGAAACCUGCGUGGCGGUAUAUCGAAAUAGUCCUAGUCUUAGCGAAGUGACCGUGCAAGAAACAGUUUGGGGGGGGGGGGGUAUCGGAUUCCAUUUCCAUAGACCUCUUGUUCUUUCUCUACCCAUCUGCCAGAUGUAGUUGGCGUGAUAUUUUACUACCUUCACAUACAUAACGAACGUGAACACUCCAUACAUCACGCAUAUUU